CUCAUCCUCUCUCUUCCAGGUGCGCUGCUGUGCUCUGCCUCUGACCAGACUCAUCAUGCCUCGGGGUCGGAAAAGUAAGCUCCGUGCCCGUAAGAGACGCUGUCAGUCCCAAGAAGAGACACUGGAUGUAGCGGGUGAUCAGGCCACUGCAGCAGUCGAAGAGGAGCCCACCUCUUAUUCCUCCCAUCGUUUGCCAGCCGCUUUGUCACAUAUCAAUCCCACCAUCACUUCUGAUGGAGCUGUUUCAUACACAAGAGCUAAUGAAGGUGCCAGCUACCAAGUAAGUCCAAGCUCUAGGCAGGUCCAGCCCACCAUUGAGCACUUGUGCAGACACACUGUAGAAAGGAAGGUGGUUAUAAUGGUACAUUACCUGCUGCACAAGUAUCAAAUGAAAGAGCCCAUUAAGAAGGCAGAUAUGCUGAGAAAUGUAAUCCAAAGGUACAAGAACCAAUUCCCUGAGAUCCUUAGAAGAGCCUCUGAGCACCUGGAGCUGGUCUUUGGCCUUGACUUGAGGAAAAUGGACCAUAACAGGCACAUCUAUGUCCUCGUCAACAAAUUGGAAUUAACCUACGACGAGAGGCUGAGUGAUGACAUAGGUGUGCCCACGACCGGCAUCCUGAUGACUGUUCUGGGCAUUAUUUUCAUAAAUGGCAACCACGCCACUGAGGAGCAAGUCUGGGAAAUGUUGAAUGUGAUUGGGUUAUAUGCUGGCAGGAAUCAUUUCAUCUUUGGGGAGCCCAGGAGGCUCAUCACCAGGGAUAUGGUGAAGCAAAAGUACCUGGAGUACCGGCAGAUGCCCAACAGUGAUCCUCUACACUACGAAUUCCUGUGGGGUCCCAGAUCCCAUGCUGAAACAAGCAAGAUGAAAGUCCUGGAGUUUGUGGCCAAGAUCUGUGACACCACGCCUAGUGCCUUUCCAUCCUGCUUUGAAGAGGCCGUGAAGGAUGAGGAAGAGAGAGCCCAAGCCAGAGUUGCUGCCAGGGCUCAAAUUAGUGCCAUGGCUCAGGCACGUGCCAGGGCCAUAUCCAACAGCCACUCAGAUGGCAUGUCUCAGAGUUGA